CCUCCCCCUCUCUUUCUCCCACCACUGUACUAACAUCCUCCAUCUUAUCAUCCCUUCCUACCCAACCUUUCGCAUUUUGCUACAAGCCUUCCUUUGCCCAACCCUUAGCGCCGCCCUCAACCAAGAUUUCAGCCAUUCUUGUAAGCCAUAUAUUUAUUCUUUUGGUUUCUUGCCUUUUAAAUCUACAAAAGAUCAAGUCUUUGGAGAUAUAUUCCUCUAUCGAAGAAAUUCCGGUGGCCAGUUUUCUCAAUUGAAGUAUAAAAGCUGUUCUUGGUUGAAUGAGAGAGAAGUCAUGUGUGUAGAUCUUAACUGGAAUCAUGAAUCUAUCUGGGUAGAUUUUCAUUCACUGCUUCUGGGUCUAAGUGAUGCUGAUUAGCUUGGGUUAAUGUUUCCCCCCUUUUGGAUGAGUUUCUGGGGAUUUGUGCUCUGAUCUGCUACUGCCGCAAGAUUCCGACUUUCUCUUUCUUGAUAGUUACUACUUUGGGUGUGUCAAUCUGGCAGGCCUAUAAAUGGAGGCCAGGAUUGGAGGCCAAGCUCAACUAUUUUAUAAUUUAGGCUCAGCAGAUUUGAGGGUUGUCGGGAAGAGGAGCCUGGAUUGGGAUCCAUGUGAUUGGAAAUGGGACAGUCAUCUUUUCCGCGCCACGCCUAUCAAUCCCAAUCCAUCAAAUUUCCAAAGCAGGCAGUUUUUCCCGCUCCAAACAGGAAUUUCCACAUCCAACAGCUCCUCCUAUUGCUCUGACGAAGUGAAUAUUGUGUCUGGGCAAGAGGUAAGGGGGUUUGAGAAGCGGCAAAGGGUUAUUUUCGCAGAGGACGAAGAUACCCUUGAAGGCGAGACGGGCAACCUCACCUUGAGGCUUGGGGAACAUGGAUCUCCUAGUGAUGAAAGAGAAGGGCAAGCCUUGGAUGGAACAAUUGGGAAAAAGGUCAAGCUCUCUGGAUCCACUUCAAUCCGAGGUGCCGCUUGUCAAGUGGAGGAUUGUGUGGCAGAUCUCGGCAAAGCCAAAGACUACCACAGAAGGCAUAAAGUUUGUGAAAUGCAUUCCAAGGCAACCAAGGCACUUGUGAGCAACAUUAUGCAGCGUUUCUGCCAACAGUGUAGUAGGUUUCAUGCGCUUGAAGAGUUCGAUGAUGGGAAGCGUAGUUGUCGAAGACGUUUAGCUGGUCAUAAUAAAAGGAGAAGGAAGACUCAACCAGAAACAGUUGCUAAUAACAAUGCAAUGAUUGAUAACAAUAAUAGCCAAGCUACUAGUUAUCUUUUGAUGAGCUUAUUUAAGAUACUUGCCCACAUGAACUCAAACACGGGGAGCUCCAAAGAGGACCAGAACAUUCUCUCUCACCUACUAAAGAAUCUUGUUAGCCAGGGUGCCUUGACCGGAGACAAAAGUAUAUCUGGCAUUCUAAACGAGUCUUCGAAUUUGCUGAGCAAUGGACCCGCUUUUAGAGAGUCAGAAUUAAUAUCUGCCUUGAUCUCAAAUGGGUCUCCGGCGUCUUCACCACCAAAAGAACAAGCUCCCACUGCUUCUGUGUCCAAGUUACCAAUGGAAGCAGUUAGCAUGUUUCCUAAUGAAAGCAGUUCCUUGGCUACUGCAUUGGGUCAGGAAAGUUCUGCUGGGAGGAGUAAAUUGGCUGUUUUUGAUUUAAAUGACAUUUAUAUUGAUUCAGACGAUGGCGUUGAAGAUGUAGAGAGGUUGCCUGUCCCAGCUGAUUUGGUUGCUGGCUCCCCGGAAUGCCCAUCGUGGGCACAAAAGGACUCUCAUCAGUCAAGCCCACCUCAAGCAAGUGGGCAUUCAGACUCAGGUUCCGCCCAAUCACCGUCCAGUUCCAAUGGAGAUCCUCAGAGCCGCACUGAUCGUAUUGUUUUCAAACUAUUUGGGAAAAAUCCAAGUGACUUCCCAUUUCUUUUACGUGCACAGAUUCUGGAUUGGCUAUCUCACAGUCCUACUGACAUGGAGAGCUACAUUAAGCCUGGUUGUGUCAUACUAACUGUAUAUCUUCGUCUACCUGAAUCUUCUUGGGAUGAGCUUUGCUGCUGUUUGGGUUCCAGUUUAAGCAGACUUCUGGAUGCCCCUGACGAUAACAGUUUCUGGAGAGAUGGAUGGACUUAUGUUAGAGUGCAGAACCAAAUAGCAUUCCUGUGCAGUGGUCAAGUUGUAGUGGAAACUUCUCUGCCUUUCAAAAGUAAUGAAAACAGCACAAUUUUAAGUGUCAAGCCUAUUGCUGUACCUGUGUCUGGGAAAUCUCAAAUCACAGUGAAAGGAUUUAACUUAUCUGGGCCCGCCACAAGGCUGCUCUGUGCAAUAGAAGGCAACUAUCUUGUUCCAGAGGCUAGUAUAGAGACAACAGAACAUAAUGAUAAUGACCUUGAGCAGUGUGAUAUGGUUGAAUAUGUAAACCUUACAUGUUCUUUUCCUGCAGCUGCUGGAAGAGGCUUCAUAGAGGUUGAAGGUAAUGAUCUUGGUAGCAACUUUUUUCCUUUUAUAGUUGCUGAGCAGGACGUUUGCUCUGAAAUAUGUACACUUGAGAAUGAGAUUGAGUUGACUGAGAAAGAUUAUCUCGAUGGGGAAGUUGAUAAAAUGGAAGUAAGAAAUCAAGCCAUGGAUUUCCUAUACGAAUUGGGCUGGCUUCUUCAUAGAAGCAAUUUGAGAUCACAAUUGGGGGAAUCGGAAGAUCCUAGUGAGAUGUGCUUCUCUUUAAACCGGUUUGCAUGGCUUAUGGAGUUUUCUGUGGACCAUAAUUGGUGUGCGGUUGUGAAAAAGCUGUUGGACAUUCUUUUCAAUGGGAGUGUGGGCAGUACAGAUAAUCCUUCCUCCUUGAAACUUGCCUUCUCUGAGACGAGUCUCCUUCACAAAGCAGUUAGGAGAAAUUCAAGGUCUUUGGUGGAGCUGUUAUUGAGAUACACUCCGGAUAAAGUGGCUGAUGAUCUAAGUGUGGAAUAUCGGGACCUGGUGGGAAAUGAAAGUGGAUAUUUGUUCAAACCUAAUGUUGCAGGUCCUUCAGGUUUGACACCUCUCCACGUUGCAGCAGGUAUAGAUGGAUCUGAAGAUGUAAUUGAUGCAUUGACAGAUGAUCCUGGAAAGGUGGGAAUGGAAGCAUGGAAGAACUCUCGCGAUAAUGCAGGGUUUACUCCAGAAGAUUAUGCCCGUCUGCGAGGGCAUUACUCAUACAUCCAUCUCGUCCAGCGAAAACUACUUAACAGGAAAGCUUCUACCACUGGCCAUGUGGUAGUUGAUAUCCCCAGUGUUUUUUCUCUGGAAGGGAAAUACAACUUGAAGCAAAACAAUGGUGCGGGCACAAGCUUUGAGAUUUCAAGGACUGAUAUGAAACCCAUUCAGCAGCGGGCAGCGUGCCGGGUGUGUGAUCAGAAGACAGUUCCAUAUCGAACCGGCAGCAGAUCUUUGCUUUACAGGCCGGCCAUGCUCUCGAUGGUCGCAAUUGCUGCGGUAUGUGUUUGUGUCGCUCUUCUGUUCAAGAGCUUACCUGUCGUCAAUAACUUGUAUUGUCCCUUGAGUUGGGAUUCUUUGGACUAUGGUUCAAUCUAAUUUGGGGUUAGUGCACAGCCCACCAGUAGGACCACUGCUCCCUCCUUUGUAUCUGUUGUGUAUGCGUGAAUAAACUGUAUAACUGAGGUGUCCGUAGGAAAUCCCCCCCCCCCUUAAAUAUACUCCUAUAUUUAUGUCAGUGAUGUAUACCUGUAUUUUUAUUAUUAUUAUGUUAUAUAUGACGAUAUGAUUGUUUUUUUGGCUUCCAGUUCAAGGUACCUAUUUGUGCAGGCUUGUACUUUUUUCCUCGUUCA